ACGUUGCCGUUGCCAUCGCCGUCAAAUGACCUCCGGCUGGAUGAAGUCGUUUCGCUGCAGAUCUAACGACGUCGACGACGUCGUCUGCCCCCCCCUCGCGCCGUCGUCUUCGUCUGCCAAGAAGUGGCUGCUCCUUCCCUCCUUAUUGCUCUCCUGCGCCGACUCCUCUUCUCACGCUCCUAACGACGUCCUCCCGAAACGCCCCUCCGCCGCUUCCUCCCGAACGCCGAAACCCGAGCCGAGAUCCCGCCCGCAAGUCUCCGCCCCGCCUCCCUCCCCGGCCACGGCGGUGGCGCCCUCUGGCCCGUUCCCGUCUUUGGUGGAGCUGCCGCCUGGCCACCCCUCGCGCCGGGUGGUGGAGAUCAUCUUCGGGUCGCGAUGGUGUUCCGGCGAAGGGCGCGCCGCCGGGGCCGACGCCUUCUCCGGAACGAUCGAGAUGCUCUUCCGGGUCCGCAACCCGGCCCGGAGCGUCGCCCGGUUCGAGGAAUACCGCGCAGCCGUCCGUUCCCGCGCCGCCCGGUCCGACGACGCGCGGUGCGCAGCCGACGGGAACGAGAUGAUGCGGUUCCAGUGCCGCCCUCCCGCCUCGGCCGGCGAGGUGUUCGACGGCGGAGUGGCGUGGUCGCCGGCGGAGGGGAUACGUACAUUCGCGGGGAGCGGCGGGGCCCACGAGAGCGGGGGCGGCGGCGGGGCCGGGCGACGGGCGAUGCUGGUGUGCCGGGUCAUCGCGGGCCGUGUCCGGGCCGAGUCGGACCCCGAGUCCGCGGCCGACUCGGUGAGUUUGGGCGAAGGUGAGCUUCUGGUGUUCGAUCCCCGCGCUGUGCUGCCGUGCUUUCUAAUUAUCUAUAAGCUUUAAACUUGCCUUUGCCUAAUCUAAUAUUACA